AUGUCUGAAUUAUAAAAUAAAUAUAGAAUUACCUCAAGGCCAUUAUCUGCCGACAAAAUACUGAUUACAUUAUAAAAUCUAGAUUAAAAUACUUAAUAAUAAAAUACACUUAGAAUAAACCAUUUAACAACAAUUCAAGAUGUUAAAUAAUCAAUAUUAAAUAACCUUGAACAUCUUUAAAAUAUAGAACUAUAUUUUUAACAAAAUUAACUUUUUAUUGGAAAUCUAAAUGAGUUAGUUUUAAACAAAAUUAAAUAAGCCAAUACAAGAAUAAUAUACUAUAAGGUUGUGAAAAAAAGAAAUAAUUCCCAACCUUAAAAUUCCAAUAAUUAAGAAUAAAAAGUAUAAUAACUAUAAACAGGUGUUUAUUAAAAAAAUAUGAUUACACCUUCUUAAAGUAAUCCUCAAAACUUUUUACCUUAAUUGUCUAAUAAUUAGGGUAAUAUUAUUUUUAAUACGCCAAAAAACUAACCUUUAAAGUAAAUAUAUAAUAAUUAAUAUAAGAAAUACUUUAUAGAAGCUACAAAUUUAGUAUAAUGACUUAGAAAAAUAAAAUCAAGAGUUGGCUAACGAAAAAAAAUUAAUUCAAAAGUAAAUCUUAAAAAAUAGUUUAAAAAUUUAAGAUUUAGAAUAAGAAAAUUUAAAUUUAAGGUAAUAUUAUUAUUCAUAUCUUUAGUAAAUUAAAUUAAAAACUAACUGAUGAACUUGCACUUCUUAAGUAUAAUUAGUCUGAAUUUGAAAACCUUAAGUUUGAAAAUUAAUAAAUUAAGUAGUUUAUUUUGUUAUUUUAGAGAUUAAAUCAAUCAGAUUAGACUUAACUCAGAAUAAAUUUUGAUGGAAAAAAAUAAAUUAUAAGAAUAGAUUUCGAAACUUGUUAUGUAUUAAUUUUUAUUAAAUAAAGCGAAAAAUGUGA